UAUGAUUUUACUCUUUGCAGGCUGUCAGGCUGUCUAGUCACAGAGGAAGGCUGUGCUUCUCUGGUCUCAGCUCUGAAGUCAAACUCCUCACACCUGAGAGAGCUGGAUCUGAGUAACAAUGACCUGAAGGAUUCAGGAGUGGAGCUGCUCUCUGCUGGACUGGGGAAUCCCCAAUGUAAACUGGAGACUCUGAGGCUGUCAGGCUGUCUAGUCACAGAGGAAGGCUGUUGUUCUCUGGUCUCAGCUCUGAGGUCAAACCCCUCACACCUGAGAGAGCUGGAUCUGAGCUACAAUCACCCAGGAGACUCAGGAGUCAGACUGCUCUCUGCUGGACUGGAGGAUCCACACUGCAGACUGGAGAAACUCAAUGUGGAACAUGGUGGAGAGUACACAAUGAAACCUGGGCUUAGAAAAUAUGCCUGUGAUCUCACACUGGACCCAAACACAGCACACAGACUCCUCUCUCUGUCUGAGGAGAACAGAAAGGUGACAUGUGGGAAGAAGAAGCAGCCGUAUCCUGAUCACCCAGAGAGAUUUGAGGUCUGCAGACAGGUGCUGUGUAGAGAGGGUCUGACUGGGCGCUGUUACUGGGAGGUAGAGUGGAGUGGGGGAUGGCCUGUUAUAGGAGUGACAUAUAAAGGAAUCAACAGGAGAGGAGAGGGUAAGGACUGUGGGCUCGGAUGGAAUGACAAGUCCUGGAGUCUGUUCUGCUCUGACAACAGUUACACUGCCAGGCACAAUUAUAAUACCACUCUCAUAGACGUCCCUUCCUCCAGCUCCCACAGAGUAGGAGUGUAUCUGGACUGGUCAGCCGGCACUCUGUCCUUCUACAAAGUCUCCUCUGACACACUGACCCACCUGAACACAUUCUACACCACAUUCACUGAGCCCCUCUAUCCAGGGUUUUGGGUUUAUAAUGACUCUUCAGUGUCCCUAAUCAAACACAACACGCUAUUUUAAUAAAAUAAGAAUAUAAAUGUAUUAAUAUAUAACUCUGUCUCACACACUGGAAACACACACACACACACACACACAUAGACACACAUACUGGACACACACACAAACUGGACACACACUGGAUACACCUGGACACACACAAACUGGACACACACACACACACACACACACAAACUGAACACACACGCAAACACACUGGACACACACGCACAUUGGACACACACACACAGGACACACACACGCACACAGGAAGCACACACACAGGACACCCACACACAGGACACACACACACACAAACUGGACACACACACAUGCAAACACACUGGACACACACACACUGGACACAAACUGGACACACACCCGACACACACACUGGACGGACACACACAAACAGACACUGGACACCCACACAUGACACACACACACCUUGUGCACACACACAUACACUGAAUACACACAUACACCAGUUUGGGCCAUUCUAUUCCUGUAAAUACACUGAACAAAAAUAUAAAGGCAACAUGUAAAGUGUUGGUCCCAUGUUUCAUUCCGCUGAAAUAAAAGAUCCCUGAAAUGUUCCAUACACACUAAAAGCUGACAUGUUUUACAUCCCUGUUAGAGAGCAUUUCUCAUUCGCCAAGAUAAUCCAUCCACCUGACCACUGUGGCAUAUCAAGAAGCUGGUGUCAUGUGGGCGAGCGGUUUGCUGAUGUAAACGUUGUGAACAGAGUGCCCCAUGGUGGCAGUGAGGUUAUGGGUAAUCAUAAACUACGGACAAUCAGCACAAGUGCAUUUUAUCAAUAGCAAUUUAUAUGCACAGAGAUACCAUGAUGAGAACCCAUUGUCGUAUCAUUCCUCCGCCUCCAUCACCUCAUGCAAGGAUCUAGACACAAUUCCUGGAAGCUGAAAAAAAAUCUAUAUAUUUUCCAUGGCCUGAGAACUCACCAGAUAUGUCAGCCGUUUGAGCAUGUUUGGGAUGCUCUGGACAGACGUGUACGACAGCGUGUUCCAGGUCAUGACAAUAUCCAGCGACUUUGCACAGCCAUUGAAGAGGAGUGGGACAGCAUUCCACAGGCCACAAUCUACAGCCUGAUCAACUCAAUGUAAAGGAGAUGUGUCACAAUGCAUGAGGCAAAUGAUGAUCACACCAGAUACUGACUGGUUUUCUGAUCCACAAUCCUACUUUUAUACUAAGGUAUCUGUGACCAAUAGAUGCAUGUCUGUAUUCCCAGUCAUGUUAAAUUCGUAGAUUAAGGCCUAAUGAAUUUAUUUUCAAUUGAAUGUAACUCAGUAAAAUAUUUCAAAGUGUUGCCUGUUGCGUUUAGAUUUUAGAUCAGUAUAAUACAAAUGAGCAGUUUAAAAUGUUUUAUGUUUAUGAUGUUAGUAACACUAAGUAAUUCCAUACUUUCACUAAAGAUCUAAAGUAACUUUUUAUUGACAGAUGCCUCAUGUCAAUGUUCUAGAUUUUGAUGAAAGGAAAUUCCAUAUAACCUACUGGACAGGACUUUGCUAUGGCAACUUCUGUUUGGGUGUCUCAGGACAGGACUUUGCUAUGGCAACUUCUGUUUGGGUGUCUCAGGACAGGACUUUGCUAUGGCAACUUCUGUUUGGGUGUCUCAGGACAGGACUUUGCUAUGGCAACUUCUGUUUGGGUGUCUCAGGACAGGACUUUGCUAUGGCAACUUCUGUUUGGGUGUCUCAGGACAGGACUUUGCUAUGGCAACUUCUGUUUGGGUGUCUCAGGACAGGACUUUGCUAUGGCAACUUCUGUUUGGGUGUCUCAGGACAGGACUUUGCUAUGGCAACUUCUGUUUGGGUGUCUCAGGACAGGACUUUGCUAUGGCAACUUCUGUUUGGGUGUCUCAGGUCAGGUCUGAGCCAUAAUCAGAAUGUGUCUCUGUCUCCAGCCCUGCCAUUUCUACCUGUCCUGAUCUAGUGUUUGACCCCUGACCUCCUCACACCGUUUCACUGUCCAUGUCUGCUUUUAGCUCCCACCUCUACUUCACUGUGUUAUAAUGGACCUUAUGCUUGUUAUGUCACCUCUGUAACCAGCUAUCAAACAUACUGACCUUUCUGACUCUAUCCCAUAGCCCUACUUUCUAGAACUGAACAUUUAAAUUCCUCUAUGAGUUUUGUUUAGUGUCCAUUACUUAUUUAUGUAUGUAUUUGUUGUAUAUGGGGGUUGUGCUGCAGAGCAUCAUGGGUGUUUGUAUGUGUUGAGAUGAUCACGUUCCAGAUAAAUGGUUGAACUGA